GAAUAAAAGGAGAAAAUGUCGACCCGGACUGUACAAAAUAUUCGAUUUGAUCUCAAGCAUCUCGCAGCUGGAGCGAGAUCUGGUUUGACCCGCACUCUUCGGGUUCCCACUCCGCAAUCAAGCCAUGUCAUAAAUGCAAAAGUCGUUACUCGGCAAUGUCUACUUUUGUCUAGGGUUUAUGCUUCUCUCUCUUCCUCGUUUUUGCGUUCUUGCUCCGCUCAUUCCCCUGCAUCUUUUUUCUACUGUAGAGGGAAGGAAGAGACCGCCAUCAAAGCUUCAAGCAGAUUGAGUUCCAUUGCAGAUAUGGCCGGCGAUGAUGCAAAGAAGUCCAAGCCCAAGGGUAAUGCAAGCGGCGGAGGGAAAAAGAAGGAGGUGAAGAAAGAGACUGGUCUUGGGCUUUCGUAUAAGAAGGAAGAGAACUUUGGAGAGUGGUAUUCUGAGGUUGUUGUCAAUGCUGAAAUGAUCGAGUACUAUGAUAUCUCUGGCUGCUAUAUUCUGAGGCCAUGGACGAUGGCUAUUUGGGAGAUCAUGCAAGCAUUCUUUGAUGCUGAAAUUAAAAAAAUGAAAAUCAAGAACUGCUACUUCCCUCUUUUUGUAUCUCCUGGUGUUCUAGAGAAGGAGAAGGAUCACAUAGAGGGUUUUGCUCCAGAGGUGGCAUGGGUGACAAAAUCUGGGAAAUCUGACUUGGAAGUUCCUAUCGCAAUUCGCCCAACUAGUGAGACUGUUAUGUAUCCGUACUAUUCUAAGUGGAUUAGGGGACACCGUGACUUGCCUUUGAAGCUUAACCAGUGGUGCAAUGUUGUUCGAUGGGAGUUCAGCAAUCCUACACCAUUUAUCAGGAGCCGAGAGUUUCUUUGGCAGGAAGGUCAUACUGCUUUUGCAACAAAGCCUGAGGCAGACGAGGAGGUCUUGCAGAUAUUGGAAUUGUAUAGAUGUAUAUAUGAGGAGUUCCUGGCAGUUCCUAUUAUAAAGGGCAAGAAGAGUGAAAUGGAGAAGUUUGCUGGUGGCCUGUACACAACAAGUGUUGAGGCAUUUAUUCCCAACACUGGUCGUGGUAUACAAGGUGCAACUUCACAUUGUUUGGGCCAAAAUUUUGCAAAAAUGUUUGAGAUAAACUAUGAAAAUGAAAAGGGGGAGAAGUCUAUGGUGUGGCAGAAUUCUUGGGCCUAUAGUACACGAACGAUUGGGGUGAUGGUGAUGGUUCAUGGGGAUGACAAAGGCCUGGUGUUGCCACCUAAAGUUGCAUCUGUUCAAGUUAUUGUAAUUCCAGUUCCUUAUAAAGAUGCUGAUACAAAGGGAAUCUUUGAUGCCUGUGCUGCUACUGUUGAGAGCUUGUGUGGAGCAGGAAUCCGUGCUGAGGCUGAUUUCAGGGACAAUUACUCACCUGGCUGGAAAUAUUCGCACUGGGAAGUGAAAGGUGUUCCUUUAAGAAUUGAAAUCGGCCCGAAAGACUUGGCCAAUAACCAGGUACGUGCUGUUCGGCGUGACAAUGGAGCCAAAAUAGAUAUAAGUAGGGUCAAUUUGGUUGAGGAAUUGAAAGACUUGAUUGACAAUAUUCAACAAAGCCUGUUUGAUGCUGCAAAACAAAGGCGAGAUUCUUGCAUCCAAGUCGUAAACACCUGGGAUGAAUUUAGGGAGGCUCUCAAUCAAAGGAAAUUGAUCUUAGCUCCUUGGUGUGAUGAGGAGGAGGUGGAGCAAGAUGUAAAGGCACGUACGAAAGGUGAGAUUGGAGCAGCUAAGACACUUUGUUCUCCAUUUGAUCAGCCAGAACUUCCUGAAGGCACAAAAUGCUUUGCCUCAGAGAAGCCCGCAGUGAAAUGGACAUACUGGGGAAGGAGUUACUAGAUAUUCUACCUCAGGGGGUGAUGUAUGAAGAAUGAAGCACAGUGAGCGAUUGGAGGCUGGGAAGAAUGGUUGAUUAAUGUUACGCCGAAAUAUGCAGCUAGACCCAAUUAUGUAGACUGCAAUUCAUAUCUGAUUUAUUUUCUUAAGUUGCUGUUGCUCUACUGCACCUCCCCUAACCUCAAGAGAAAAAAAGGGGGGAAAAGUAAGAGAGAUUCUGGUUUCAAACUGUUGAUGUGCCUUUCAUCAAUUAAGUGUUUAUUUGUCAUGCCAGAUUAAAGUGCAAAGUUUGAAAGAUUGGAUACGUCUUAUUAUGUUUUAACAAAAUAAAUAGGUGUAUGAAUUUAUGAAA